AUGAAAGGAGCUUUGAAAGCUCCCGCUUACCAUCUUAUCUUGGAAGGAAUUCUGAUACUCUGGAUAAUCAGACUUCUUUUCUCUAAAACUUACAAACUGCAAGAACGAUCUGAUCUUACAGUCAAGGAAAAAGAAGAAUUGAUUGAAGAGUGGCAACCAGAACCUCUUGUUCCUCCUAUAUCAAAAGACCAUCCUGCUCUCAACUACAACAUCGUUUCAGGCCCUCCAAGUCACAAAAUUGUGGUGAAUGGAAAAGAAUGCAUCAACUUUGCCUCAUUUAAUUUUCUUGGUUUGUUGGAUAACCCUAGGGUCAAGGCAGCAGCUUUGGCAUCUCUAAAGAAGUAUGGUGUGGGGACUUACGGACCUAGAGGAUUUUAUGGCACAUUUGGUCAGCUGGAAGGAUUGACCCUCAGGCUGAUUGCCUGUGAGGAACGGCUUGACUCCAGUGAAGGAGCUAUUUUGCAAGGGCUGACCCAACACCGCAGGAUUUGCGUUGGCAGGGCUCUUGUGCCUGUCGCGUCUGCCCUUUAUGCAUGCUGCUUGUGA